AUGGCCGGUCUUUCCAAUGCUCGAACGGCUGCCCAAAAGGCUGCCCGGGAAGAGAAGAGACGAGAGGAGCGCCGUCAACUCCGUAAGCAGCGAGGUUAUGAUCUCAAUGCCCAUCGAGAGAAGGAUGCCCAACGGAGCUGGAGUAGAGCAUCUCCGGAGACGAAAGAGUCCAAACACGCCUAG